AUGCCCGGCCGCUGGGGACCGGGAAGGUACAAGGGACCCCAGACCCGCCCAUUCUUCCUCCUCCUGCUCCUGCUCCUCCCCGUCUGGCGCCGCCUCCCGGGACCCCCGUGCCCAGGUCCCCGCUGCCUGGCCCUCCUGACGCCCUUGACCCGUGGGUCCAGAGCCCAUCCCGCUGUCCCGUGGCUUCUAGCGCGAAAGCGAUGCCCGGCCGCUGGGGACCGGGAAGCUCCGUGCCCCUCCCAGGCAGGACCCGAGGACCCCUCAGAGUCCCCGUACGACAGGGCCGUCCUGAUCAGCGCUUGCGAGCGGGGCUGCCGGCUUUUCUCCAUCUGCCGCUUCGUAGCCAGAAGCUCCAGGCCCAACGCCACCCAGACCGAAUGCGAAGCAGCAUGCGUGGAAGCCUACGUGAAGGACACGGAGCAGCGAGCCUGCCGCGAGGGCUGCUGGAUCCAGGCCCCCCAGCCGGAUCCUGAGGCCCAGCCCCAGAAGCAGAGAAAGGUCCUGGAAGCUCCUGGCGGGACCGUGUCCCUCCUGGACUUAUUUUCCACCCUCUGCAAUGACCUUGUCAACUCGGCCCAGGGCUUCGUCUCCUCCACCUGGACAUACUACUUGCAGACUGACAAUGGGAAGGUGGUGGUUUUCCAGACCCAGCCUGCGGUGGAGAGCCUGGGCUUCCACAGCGGCCGCCUGCAGCGACUGGAGGUGACCUGGAGGGGCCUGCAUCCCGAGGCCCUGGAGGUGCACGUGGACCCCGUAGGGCCCUUGGACAAGGUGCACAAGGCCAAGAUCCGAGUGAAGACCAGCAGCAAGGCCAAGGUGGAGUCCGAGGAGCAGCAGGACACUGACUUCCUCAGCUGCAUGUCCCGGCGCUCGGGGCUGCCCCGCUGGAUCCUGGCCUGCUGCCUCUUUCUGUCUGUGCUGGUCAUGCUGUGGCUGAGCUGCUCCACGCUGGUGACCGCACCGGGCCAGCACCUCAAGUUCCAGCCGCUGACCCUGGAGCAGCACAAGGGCUUUGCGGUGGAGCCCGAGUGGCCCCUGUACCCGCCUCCAUCGCACGCCUGCGAGGACAGCCCCCCGCCCUACAAGCUCAAGCUGGACCUGACCAAGCUGUAGCCCCGUGGCUAAGUGGCUGCCCCUGGGACCAUCCGUGUGCCCCUCCACCCCAAGCCUCCUUGUCCUUCACCCUCCCCUCUCGCACUCCUCAGUCCCAGGGGGGCAGGUCUGGCCUGGGCUCCUCCUGUCCCGCUUCCUUGGGGCCAUGCUACUUUUUGUCUUCGAUCUUGUGGCUUUCGGAGUGUCUGCACCCCCGUUUCGUGUUGCCUUCCUCCUUUUUCUGUCCCCUCUCUGGGGGCUGAGGCACAGGGGAGCCACUCCUCUGCAGUUUCCCUCUUAUUCCCGGGGACCUGGCCCCUCCAGGAGCGGGGACCCUGGGGACUCCCUGGCGGAAGGGGCCGGGCUGGGGAGAAAUAAACCGUGUACAUAACAGACA